AGAACGUGAUGUAUAAGAUACGAGAAGUAUGUUGAAGUUAAGCUACAGAAAGUAUUUUUGUUACAUGCAGAUGCUGUCAAUGGUGUAAUGCAUGUGACAUUUUAAUUGCACAGACAAAAUGGCUAUGUUAAUGGCGUUCAAGACUUGUAUUGUCUUGACAGUAUGGACGUCAUUUCAGCUCUGUGUAAACGGCAAUAUCAAAAAUGGUACGGUCCAAACCACAAAAAGGGCAAAUACAACACAGUUUGUAUAUAUCCAAGGAGAAAAGGGUUCUGAAAAUUGGAAGUUGAUUUGCAAGAUGCAUCAAAACCCCAAAAAGGAACAAGAUAUUUGUAAACGAAAAGAGGAAACCAAACUGCAGUCGUCUUUUAAUGCAAUGUAUUCCAACUUUGCUAAGGAAUGUUUCAAGACAAAGUCAGAACAUAACAUGUUUAGUCGUACAAAAAUGGCUGUUAUACGCAAUAAAGUGUUUGGCGGGGAAUGUACAGUGUUUGACGAUGAAUUUAUCAUCGAGAGGAUUAUGGGUGAAAUUCAAACAGAAGAUAUAGAUGAAAAAAGUAAGUCACGAGAAACAGCAUUCGAUGUGUUCACAACUGGAACGCUGAAGAAUUUUAUUCAUAUAUGCCCAGAUGUUUCAGGAGAAAAUAUUACAAGGCGUCCCAAGAUAUCUGUUAAAGCACAAGCAGUGCUUGCAGUAUGUAGUUCUUAUAUAAAAAGGUUGAUUACAUUAUCGUAUGCAUGUAAUAAUAAUAAUAUCACUUCUGUGCUUUAUAGAAAUGUUAGUUUGGUCAAUGAUUCAGUAAGCUUGCUAAAUGUUUCAAUGUAUCAAUAUAUUAACCAAUCAACGCCAGAGUGGAAAAAAGAGGAAAACAAAAUCUGUCCUAAACUGAAACCUAGUUCGUAUGGAGUGUUUAUGGUAAUUGUAGAAGUCUUUUUUAAUAUUGACACCCUUUACCAGUCCUUCAUGGUCCUUUCAAUGAUUUCUUUAUUCAUUGUCCUGCUGGUCUAUUCCUGUUUCAAACAAUUACGGAACAUAUCAGGUUUGAAUAAUAUGUUCCUGGCAGGUAACAUGAUGUUAGCGUAUUUUUUCUGGUUUUUUCAUACUUUACACUUUCUUGAAAGCCAUCUUUGGUGUUCAGUCUCUGGCAUGUUCAAACACUUCAGUUUACUUAAUGUAGCUUUGUGGAUACACGUCUGCAUCGGUCAUAUGUUUCGGGUAUUUUGGCUUUUUAGACCAAACACAGGUGUCUAUUUUAAAAGGCAGAGUGUUAUUUGGUAUGCUGUUUUUGUCAAGGUGAUAGCAAUCGUUUGUGUCGUCAUAAACAUUUCGUUAAGCAAACAUCAGCAAUUUACAAACGGUAAAAUCGACAGAUUAAAAACGGUAAAUCUAACGGAAAUAUUUAUUUCCGGUUAUGGGGGUCAUGCUUGCUUUAUGUAUGAUCCAAAUAUGGUCAAAUGGUUAUAUAGGGUACCAGUCGUGGCCAUUUCUUGUAUCAAUGUAAGUCUUCUUGUAUUGGUAUGGAUACGUACGAGGUGGAAUCCUAUUUUACAAACGAACACAUCCACAAAUAGAAGAAUGGUGAUUUUUUAUGCCAUCAUGACUGCUGUCAUGCUUUUAAAACAAUGUGUUGGAUAUUUCAGCAAGGUCACAGAUCAAAUUUUUAUUUUUCAUAUUAUUAUGUUUUUAGAAAGUACUUACGGCAUGAUUUUCCUUGUUGUAUUUGUGACGUCAACAGAGAUUCGUUGGCUGCCUGCGUAUUGGAAGCUAACUCAUAGAACUCGUCAUUCCACUAAUACGCUUGUUGAAACAAACUUACCCCCUUAUGAUAUAGAAGACAAAUAUAAAACCUUGUAAAGAAUCAUUACAAAGAUACGCCGCUUGCUGAAACAAACUUCCCCCCUUAUGAUGUAGAAAACAAAUAUAAAACCUUGUAAAGAAUCAUUACACUAAUACACUUGCUGAAACAAACUUACCCCCUUAUGAUGUAGAAAACAAAUAUAAAACCUUGUAAAGAAUCAUUACAAAGAUACGCCGCUUGCUGAAACAAACUUACCCCCUUAUGAUGUAGAAGACAAAUAUAAAACCUUGUAAAGAAUCAUUACACUAAUACACUUGCUGAAACAAACUUACCCCCUUAUGAUGUAGAAGACAAAUAUAAAACCUUGUAAAGAAUCAUUACACUAAUACACUUGCUGAAUCCAAUUUGCUCGCUUGUGAUGUUAGUGAAAAUAUAAGAUAUUGUAGAAAAUCUGCAUUGACAGGUUUCGCUUCCUUGGGAUGGUGAUGAAACGUACAAAACCUUGUUAGGAAGAUGCAAAUAAGCG